AAAAUUUCCAGCGCACUUGAGCACACUUAGCCAGAAAACAAGAAAAAUAAAAUAAAUAAAAACGCAAUAGAAAAACGCAAAUGCAGUACAAUUAAAAGCGAGCGGCGCUCGAAGAUUAACAAAAGCAAUUAACCGUGUUCAACAUAUAUAGUAUAAGCCACGACAGUGGGUGUUGCCGCUGUGAAAGUGGACCUUUGUUUUGUUUUUGAUAGCUUUUGUUUGUGGCAAUACUCGGAUUGGAUGGUAAGCGGAGCAGGGAGCAGCGGCAGCGGAGUCCCAAGUGAUUUUCCAUAACAAGCCUCGACGGGAAAUGCCAAUCGGCAGUGCGAAAAUGUCUCUGGCGGCGUGGCUGGUUCUCUGCGCUGUUCUGCAGACAGUUACCUGUUACUCGGUCCACAUCACGGCGCCCGACCACGCGCUCCUCGGGUCCUCCGCCAAUGUGUCCGCCCAGCUCUUCGACAAGGGUGAACCCGCCGCCAAGGGCACCUACAGGUUCACCUGGACCGACAGUGCUGGCCAUCGACAGGUGAUGGAAACAAGCAUUGCUAGCAGCAAUUGGAGUUUGACUUUCGCCCAGAAAGAACCGACCACUCAUGUCAUCAAGGUCGAAGUCGAGAAGUAUUAUUCCAUUCUUUGGUUGACAGAGGCCAAGGGCGAGAAGAAGAUUAACUUGGACAGCACGUUGGGUGGCAGGCUGGAGCUAAUUCAAAAGAAUGUGACGAGGCCGCAUGACUUUGUGUCCACGCAGGAAGCAGUGAAUCACAGCAUAUCGCUGUCUGAGUCCGAUCUAGAGUUUCUGCGAGCGAAGGGUUAUCACAUCCAAACCUAUUGGUUCCAAAACUGCACAUAUCUUGGCAUGUCCGGGGACCUGGACUAUAUAGCAACAUAUCCGCAAGCUGAGCAAUCCUAUGACGUGGAAGCCCUAGUUGUAGCCUCGUUGGAGUUGCCGCCGGAGCCGACGCCUUCGACCACGACUACAACCACGACCACAACUACUACCACCACUACAACUACAACGACCACAACAACCACUACGACGCCCAAACCAACAACUUCGACCACAACAACUACGACCACCACCAGCACCACUCCUAAGCCAGCACCACCACGGGCCAAACGUGACUUAAUCCAGGCCAUGCACACCAAUGCCGCUCUCCUUGGCCUAAAUCUAACUAACGCGUUGAAGCAACAAAAGGCGUCGGCUGGAAAUGUGUCUGUGGCUUUGGUCAAUCCGCUGGGAGUGCGUCGUCUGUCCAAGCUCAAUGUGUUGCCCGGUAUGGAGCCACCGUUUGACUGCGUGAGUAAGAAGUUCAUUGCGCAGGAUCCCAAGCAGAUUUACGGAUACUUCCAGCAUCGAAUAGUGACCAGAGAUCCAAUCUCUGCCGUGGACACGAAUGGCAAGAACUGGCUGCAGCACUGGGAGAUGCUAAGCCUGGACGUCAGCUGCAAGGGAACACCACCGUUUGAGUUUUGCUCGAAAGUCUUUACGGCUCCAUACAAUUCGACCGGAAAUGAAACGUGUGAGAUAUACGAUCCGAUGGUCAAUUGCUCAUAUCAGUACAAGCGGUACUUCAGCGAAAGCAAGACCAUACUCUUCUUUAUAAGGAACGAGGUGUCGCAAACCCUCAAUCAGGUCACCAUUAACAUGUAUGAAGCCCAGCGACAGUCUCAACUUUCCGUCGUGGUUGUGCCAGUUACCUGCACUUUGGUGGCCGUAAUACUAGUGGUCUUUGGUGUAGCCUAUUAUAUACAGAGGGGAAAUCGAUUCACGGUUGAAGUGGCUGACUUUAACUUCGGCGAUACGCAGUCGGUGGACAUGGAGUACAAGACAUUCCCGCAGCGCCUGGUGGAUAGCAUCCGGGAGGCGUGGUCGUGGCCGGGACAACGCCGCCACUCACAGUCCAGUGCAGAUCUCAUGGCGGAUGAUCCGCCCAGCCCGGGCUUUGCCGGCAAUGUGGGCGAUGUCGAUAGCAAUCUGCGCUAUAACACUUUCAACUAGGGCCUUUAGUGGGUUCAGGUUCCGUUGGAAUAUUGUUACCUAAACCUAAAUUAACCGAUUUAAUUUAAUUUAAUUUCGCCCCCUAAGUUGUAAGGCCCUGCUCCCUGUUGUCUAUCAUUUAUACGAUACAUAUUUCUUUGUAGGACUCGAAAAUGGGAGCAGGCGUGAUAAUUUUGUUAUUAUUUGUAUGUAUGUAUAUUUUGUGCACUGUCUUGUGCUUAGUCAUUUUCAUUUUGUAUACCGAGCCCCCUCUCGGACGGUAUAUUCAUAUGAAUGUUCACGAUAUAGAAUCUUCUUUAUAUGUUUACACAUCACCUUUUUCUCCCUACAUCCCUGUCCCCCAUCAACGCACACACUUGCUCAUUAAUGGCCAAAUGUCGAGUAGCAAGCUACCAUUUAAAUCGCAAUAUCAGCGGAUUCGGGAACGCAACUGCGGAUAUAUUGUUAAAGACUGUCUUUGUUCAGAAAGCAAAAAGGAGAGAAAACUGGUAAAAUUUACACUCUACUUAUGCCUACAUAUAAAGAGUUGUUCGUAACGAGUUUAAUGCUAGCAUAAGUCAAUUUGAUUGUUUUCACUGUACCGUCGUGAUCCGAAUUCUAUGACAAAGACACACGCAUCUCACACUAACAACACACACGCGAACACACAAAUAUUCAUUGUGAUAGAUAAUAGAAACAACAGUAUAUAUGUUUAACUAAAACGAAAAGUUUAAAGAAAACUAUAUAAUUAUAAAGAUAAAAUACGCUGUAUUUCCUAAAUAACUAUCCUUGAGCUUAGCAAACCA